AUGGCCGGACUCACCCUUCAAUCGACGUAUAAAUUGUUGUCAGGGUUUGAGAUCCCUGUCGUUGGUUUUGGCGUUUACCAGACACCUGCCGAUGUCACCGAGAGAGUUACUCUCAAGGCCUUGGAGCUGGGAUACCGCCAUGUCGACAGCGCCAAGGUCUACCGCAAUGAGAAGGAGAGUGCUGCAGCCAUCCGCAAGUCUGGCCUUGAUCGGUCCCAGAUUUUCUAUACCAGCAAGGUCCCAAGCUCAUGCAUGGGAUACGAGAAGGCUAAGCAGGCCAUCGAGGAGAGCGUCGCUGCUGCCGAUCUAGGCUACAUUGAUCUUAUGCUGAUUCACGCCCCUUACGGUGGCAAGGAAGCCCGCCUCGGCACCUGGCGCGCCCUGGUGGAAGCUCAGAAGGCGGGCAAGAUCCGCUCUCUGGGCGUGUCCAACUUUGCCAUCCAGCACCUCGAGGAGCUGGAGGCGUACAUCCAGAGCGGAGCGGGUGGCCAGAUUACCGUCGGCCAGUACGAAAUUCACCCCUGGUGCCCGCGCGAGGAUAUCGCCGAGUGGCUGAAGAAACGCAAUAUCAUUGUCGAGGCGUAUUCGCCCCUUGUGCAGGCUACUCGCAUGAAGGAGCCUGUUCUGCAGAAGCUGUCGGAGAAGCACGGCAAGACUCCGGCCCAGAUUCUGGUGCGCUGGAGCUUGCAGAAGGGAUAUGUGCCCCUGCCCAAGUCUGUGACCGAUUCGCGUAUCCUGGAGAACUCGCAGGUCUUCGACUUCGCCCUGUCGGAGGAGGACAUGGCCAGUCUGAAGCUCAACGAGUAUGCGCCCGUGUGCUGGGAUCCGGUGCGGGACUGCAAGAUCUAG